AUGGUCUGCGAAAUGCAGAAAGGCUCUGCUGGCCUUCUCUUUCAAGCAGCGCAGGCCGUUGUAAUGAGAGGCUUCCGUACGAUCAGCUGGGGUGAUGCAAACACGGCGGAGCAAGUUGUCACUGGCCUCGGCCUUGCUGAGGCUGUGGACCUGAAUUCUUCGUCUCGAGCCUUCAUUCAGGUCUGGCUCUCUUUGAUCCACCUGGGCUUGGAGCAAGUAGGAGGCAUGCGCGGAUCGCUGGCACUCGUGCUGGGUGCUCUCGGCUUCGGUGCCUCAGACGAAGUAAGGAUGAUCACAGUACUUUUCUGUGUGACUGAUGAUAUGCGUGGGCAGAGCAGCUUCAACCAGUCAGGCCGGGUUGGCAACGAGCCAGCACCCUUCAAAGAUGCUGUGAGCAAGUUAGCUCUUGCGCUGAUUCUUGCCUUGAGCGGCACACUCGUAACAAGCUUGGCCAGCUUGCGCAGGGCAGGGCCCUCAGAGCAACUGUGGAUGCAAGCCGCCGGCGAAGAGGAUUCUCGCCGGGCAGGCAUGGCAAGGAAGUGGGGCGCCGUCGCCCCGCAAGCACGAGACUUCGACUGGCCGGAGGCCUUGCAGGGAUUUUUGCAGAGCGAGGAGGAGGGCAGUGCGGAUGCGACAUCUCGGAGGGUCCGGUCUUCACUCCUCGAGUCGGCCGUGACAAGGAAGAUGAAGCCGCUGCCGGCAAAGCUCGUUCGUUCCGGGCACUGCGUUCACGUGCCAGCACUGGGCUCAUCCAGCGACGAUGCCAAUCUAGUAAAUGCUCUGCUGGAAGACAUCGAGAAAGCUGGUAGCCACUUGAAGCUGCACAGAAGCAGGCGGCACAUGCAGAUGUGGGGCGAGCACCUGGCUUUCUCCAAGACCUUCACCGCAGUGGUAGCGCGGCUUGUGUCUUUGUUCGGCUUGUCCAUGGUUGACUGCUGGGUGAAUGUGUACCGGAACGGCGAAGAGCAAAAAGCCCCACAUCAAGACAACUACAAGGACCGGAGCCCUCGGCCCAGCGCCACCAUCGGCCUCAGCCUGGGCGCCGCGCGGCCGAUUAGCUUCAAAGAUAGGUUCACCGGUGAGACGUUCCGGAUCAAGCAAAAGAACGGUGACGUGUUUGCCUUCGACACGUUCUUCAACGACUUGUUCACCCAUUCCAUUCCUCCGUCGAACGAGAAGGAUGAUGGCGUACGUCUGUCCAUCAUAAUCUGGGCUGUGGAAGGCGAUGGUUCACUGGCCGUGCCGACAAUGAGACGACAAGGGAGAGGUUUCCCUACGCCAGAAGAAGUGAAGUGGACGAACUGGGAUCUCACCGACGGGCUUUGGUCUGCGCAGUUCGCCGAGUCCCAUGCGCAAGCCUCAACAGCAGCAAGGUCACACGACGAGCGGCUGCGAGGUAGCAUAGCAGGCACAGAUUCGCAGAGGCGCCUCCCCGGUAAACAGCACCUCCGGAAAAUGAGCGCUGAAACGCAGAUGAGACAAUUCGAGCUGAAGCUGAAGAAGGCGAUUGAGCGUGUAAAGCUGGUCCUGGAGGCAGAGAAGAAGCCUCAGCUUCCGGUAGAUGUGCACCACAGCUACGAGGACAAGUUCACCUUAUUGGAGCGGGGAAGCUGUUUGGCCGUGGCCUCGCUCGCAAACAGCCUGGAACAACUUGGCCUCGGCGGGGAGAAGCUGGCGCAACUGCAGACCUGGGCGGCAGCCAACGCGGUGUCCUUGCGAUUUAAGUCAAAGGAGACCUGCCAGUUUCUGCGCGAAGUUACGCGCGAUGAGGAGUCCCCCACGAAGCGGGUCAACGAAGUUCAGGUCGGUGGCGUUGCCUUUGGCUCGUUCACCAGCAAGACCGUCACGAAAGUGACCGAGUUCUUCUGGAAGUUCGACAUGGCCUAUGAGCUGGAGGCCAUCCGUGGUGUCGGUGCAGACGAUUCCGAUCGGCUGUUGAUUUGCAGCCGAAGUGGUCACGUCGAACUGAAGACGAGCACCAAGUCCUCACCACAUCCAGAGACCAAGGUUUCAACUUGCGAAGAAGUGAACAUCAGCUUCCUGCUAAAGCAGCUCUUGGGCUCGCCAGCAACUCCCGCGUUCAAGAUCGAUCGCUUGUCUCCCAAGUGCCGGACACCUCGGCGUAACCCAGAGGUUCAGGAAGCCGUCAAUUUUGGUCGGAGCUACCUGACAUGGAUCUGCAAAGUCAGCAAGUACUUUGAGCGACUUCACAGGCUUCACCCACAGAGGUCCACCACUCCUACAGGCUCUUCCGACCUGUUCGUACCUGCACUCCCCCUUUUCAUCAAGGGCUCUGCCAAAGCUGGGUCCAGUGCCAGCGGCGGCCAGUCCCUGGUACUCCUGGGCGAGGACGCAGAGGUCGCCAAGCACGUCGUGACCGCAGCUGAUGGCAAUCGCCUGCUCGGGGAGGAAUCAAGAGCCCUUGGUGAGCAGCGUGCGAACCUGAUGGAGGUCUUCCCGGAUGAUGGCAGCAUCUAUACAUGGAUGGAGUCUUUCCGGGCUCUGAUCUUGCAACACAGCCAACAAGUGGUCGUGCAAUGGUCAGAAAUGAUCGAGUAUGUCGAGCACAUGCUCCGAAUGCAGCUGGUGGCGGCCAUUGGCAAAGAGGUGAGGCCUGCUGAGUUCGCUUCAUACAUGCGCUUCCACUAUCGGAAGUUGUUCCGAGAGGCCUACCAGCCAACCCCUUGCAGUUUCGCCAUCCGGCGGUCAACAAAGCAUGGGCCCGAAGGCACCAUCAGCAUUGAAGAGGAGGCUUUGGGUUUGCAAGAUGAGAGCAGCAUCAAAAGCCCGAUUUGUGCCAUCACGGCUGCCGGCCGCACCCCAUCAACGAUGACGUUUCCUCUGAAUGCCUCGACGACGAUCUCUUUCGGAGGACAAGUCCACCUGCACGCUUGGCUUGACCACCAAUUCUCCGGGCAGUCAUCCUCCAAGCUGUCCUUGGUGUCCCGGGCUCGCCAGUUCAGUUCCUUCAUGGUGCUUAUCGGACGAGUUUCGUCCUCCACCACCUUUGACCCAAAGUAUGCGGCCUUGGUACAGAAUAAGGAUGAGCUGGAAAUCCCUCUGGAACUGUCUACAAUCCCAACUCCCAAGGAAUUCAAGGAUGCUAUCGAGUCUUUGUCGCCGGAGCAGCAGGAGUUUGCCAAGGCUUUUCGAGCGAUGCAGCUGGAGAGCACGCUCUUUGCUGUCUUGGUCGUGCAGAUAAAGCCACAGCUCGAGAAGCUCCUGAACCUGGCCGAUGACAGCUUGACCAAGGAGAUAAAGCUCACGCAGGACUUGAUGCAGCUCUUCAUCAAGUAUCAGAUCCCCAGCGACCUCCUGUCCUUUACCAGCGACCUCCUUCCGAACGGCCAUGGAUCAGCAGGGGAGCGCCUGCAGGUCGUGAAGGGCCAG